UGUGCUCUGUUGCCUGGCAACAACAGGGUUACAGUUUGUAGAGGAAACCAGGAAGUGAUCAGAUCCAUGGGGAAGAAGAACAGUAAAGCGGUAAGGCCGACCAUCCCUUUAGGUGAAAUGUUUUCAGAAUAUGACUAUGACCUGGAUGAGGAUAAACUUGGAAUACCAACGGUCCCGGGCACGGUAACGCUAAAGAAAGACUCUCAAAAUGUGAUUGGAAUAAGCAUUGGUGGAGGGGCUCAGCAUUGCCCAUGCCUUUACAUUGUACAGGUAUUCGACAACACUCCGGCCUCAUUGGAUGGAACCAUCGCUGCUGGAGACGAAAUUACCGGUGUCAAUGGGAAAUCAGUUAAGGGGAAAACAAAAGUCGAGGUGGCCAAAAUGAUCCAGACUGUUAAGGAAGAAGUGACUAUUCACUACAACAAGUUGCAAGCCGAUCCGAAGCAGGGAAAAUCACUUGACAUUGUCCUGAAGAAAGUGAAGCAUCGCCUGGUGGAAAAUAUGAGUUCGGGCACAGCAGAUGCUCUUGGCUUAAGUCGUGCCAUCCUGUGCAAUGAUGGAUUGGUAAAGAGAUUGGAAGAACUGGAAAAAACUGCAGAAUUCUACAGAGGUAUGAUGGAACACACCAAACGUCUCUUAAGAGCCUUUUUUGAGCUCUCCCAGACACAUAGAGCAUUUGGAGAUGUGUUUUCCAUCAUUGGUGUCCGGGAGCCUCAGCCUGCGGCAAGUGAAGCAUUUGUUAAGUUUGCCGAUGCUCAUCGAAACAUUGAAAAAUUUGGAAUUACCCUUUUAAAGACAAUUAAACCUAUGCUGAAUGAUCUAAACACAUACCUUAACAAAGCUAUUCCCGACACAAAACUAACUAUCAAAAAAUAUCUGGAUGUUAAGUUUGAGUAUUUGUCCUACUGUCUGAAAGUGAAGGAAAUGGAUGACGAGGAGUACAGUAGCUUAGCUUUAGGAGAACCUUUGUAUCGUGUUAGUACAGGAAAUUAUGAGUACCGCUUGAUCUUGAGGUGUAGACAAGAAGCACGUGCACGGUUUGCUAAGAUGAGGAAAGAUGUCUUAGAAAAGAUAGAACUUCUGGACCAGAAACAUGUUCAAGAUAUAGUGUUCCAGCUCCAGCGUUUUGUUUCGGCCAUGUCUAAAUACGAUGACCAGUGCUACGAGGUUCUGAAGGAGGCCGAUAUUUUCCCAAUUGAAGUGGACUUGGCCCAUACUACCCUUGCUUAUGGCCAAAAUGAUUUAUACACAGAUGAAGAGGAAGACGUGGAAAAAAGAAAAGAGGAGGAGGAGGAGAAAGGGGAGAAACUGAUAGAUGAUGCAUAGCACAUGGAAAGAGGAUUGUAAUGUCUGAUGCUGCUUAUUGUGUAAUUUGUGUUCAAGAAAAAAAAUUUAAGGUUCUAAGUUAAAAUCUUUAUUUGUAAAACUCUAUUUGUUUGUAAAAGAAGAAUUUUACUAAAUGUUUCACACAUGGGGAAGAUGUAUCAAAACUAGAAGAAGAAUUGCUAAUGGCAAGAAACUAGACAUUCAGUGAAACUUCCCUAGAAGACGACUCUUUCACAACUAGAAAACUCGUUUGUUUUUCUGUGACCAAUUUUUCUCCCAUUAUGGUCUCUGGAAUCUGCACCUCUACGUUGAGACCACCUCCUUAUUGAAACAAAGUUUUCAGUGAGAACCCAUUUUAUAAGAUCCUAUGUUGAAGUGAAUUAUCUGGAUGCAGAUCCAAACUGGAGGAAGAGGGAGAUGACCUGGAAUGAGAUAGGGAGCCAUGCUAGGGAACGGGACUGAAAAUGGGAGAGGAUUCUAGUGACCAGGAGUUAGGGCCGGGCGGUAUGGCCAAAUACGGGUAUCGCAGUAUUUUUGUAACUUAUGAAGGUACCACGGUAUAUAACGGUAUCCCCCCCCAAAAUUAAUUAUUUGCCCAUCGGGGUAAAUACUCAUGUCACAUGCAUGCGCUGCCCUCCUCAUCCUCCUGUUUGUUGCGGCCGCCGGAGCUGACACUCUAUACCAGUGGUCUUCAAC